UUCUUUUUGCUUCAUUAUAUUGCAGGAGUUGGCAAAAUAGAGAUGGGCAAUGAGAUGGGCAACAAUAACACAUCUGGUCUCAAAGAAGAGGAUAACACAAAUGCUAUAGAUUGCAACGUGUUUCAAGAAGCUGCUGAUGCAGAUGAUGUCAAAGGAGGAGAUGAAACAGUUCCAACGAAUGAAGCAAAAGAUUUUCAUGAAAAAGUUACAGGGUUAGCUUCUAAUGACUCAACAGGAGCAAAAGAUACUCACACUGCAAAAGAGACAUCAGGUGGAAGAGAGCAAGAAGAAAAUGAAGUUCUUUUUCCCACUGAAUCUCCAAAAGCAGUAGUGAAAGCAAUUGAAGCAAGUAAUGAAGAAAAUCAUGAAGUCCAACCAUCUUCUUUGCAGAAAGGUUCAGAUGUUAAUGAGAAGACAACUGAAUCAAAUUUUCAAGAGACCCUAUUGGUAAGAAGUGAUCAUCAGCUUCAGAAGCAAGAUUCCAUAAAUGAAGAGCAAGAAGAAAAUGAGGUUCAUUCUCCCGCUGAAUCUUUAAAAGCGGUAGUUAAAUCAGUUGGAGCAAGUGAUGAAGACAAUGAAAUCAAAACAGCCUUUUCACCAAAAGAUUUAGAUGUUCAUGAGAAGCCAAUAGAUUCAAAUUUGAAGAAGAAUCUAUUGGGAACAAAUGAUCAUCAGCUUGAGAAGCAGGCUUCCAUCAGUGAAGAUGAAGACGAAGAUUCAACUCUUAAUACUAUAUCUACACCACAUGAUCCAGAGCCUCAACAAUCUUUACAUUUAAAGUCUAAUCAACUUGCAUUAGAUAAAGUUAAUGCUGACCAAUCUGAAGAAGAAGGCUGUAGAUUGCUGCACAAAAGUAAGGAUAUUCUAGGAUCAAGUUUUAUAUGUGCUAAUAAGAAUAGUGACCCCUUAGGUCCUAAUUUGUCAAACAUUCUGGGUGACAAUCCCAAUGUGGAAAAUAUGGGUGACUCAUUAGUAAAAGAAGCACCGUACCAAGAAGAUAAGAUGUCAUUAAAAGAGAAAAUUGAGAUUAUAAAGGGAGAUGAGAUAGGGAUUGGUUUGAGCAAUCUGCCAACAAUAACAUCAGACACUCCGAGCAUUGUUUUGAACAAAUACAAUGGGGAGUUAUCUACUGUAGCCAAUUCGAUUAGGAAUGAUUCCUUGAAUUUAAAACUUGAAGCUGUUCUGCUGGAUAGGCCAUUAAACUCCCAUCAAGAAGUUUCUGAACCUGAGGACAAGUGCAAGGUUCUUACUGAAGAAACAAAAAUAGUAGGAAGUGGAUCAGACAUUGAAGAGAGGCCACAUCAGUACAACCCAACUCUGUUCUGUGAAGAGCCAAUGGAAGAAAAAAAUACUGAUGAGGUAAAUGAAUCCCAAAAGGAAUUUAGGAAGCUUGGGUCUGAAAAUGAGGACAAGCUUGUUUGCAACCAGAAUAAGAAUUCUGAUGGAAACUGCAAGGACUCAGAAGGAGAGCUUUCGGUGGUUGCUGAACAUGAAUUGGUUACUGUUACAGUAGGGUUGAUUGUCACAGGACACAGAUGUGAAGAGGAGCAACAAGAAGAGAAGAAAAUUCUGGAAGAAACAGAGGACAAAGCAGAAGCUUCAUAUGCCACAGGAAAUGAUACAGAAGGAAGUGAAACCUCAAGACAAUGUAGGUCUCAACUACUUCCAAUUGAACAGGCAGAAGCUUUGCUCUCACAGUCUCCUGCUUCUAUAGUCCAGUCUGAAGUUCACAACCAGGCCACUACAAUAGCAGCUGAGACUAUUAUUCAAAGCAGCAGCAUUGAGCCAAUCCCUGAGCUGAAGCAAGAAAGCUGUGAUGAGUUCUCUGUUGUGAAAGCUUCCACUUUCAAUUCCACAAGCUUGAACAUAGAAAAUUUAAUCUCUAUAGUUGAGUUGACAGUAACAGAAACUAAAACUUCAACUGGUCAUUCCAGUGUAGAAGGUAUCAAAGGUGAAGCAUCUGCAUUUAUAAAUGGAAGUACUGAAGCACAAGAAAGUACGGGAAGGCUUGGCUCUGAGUCCAGUUCUGAUAGCAUGAACACUCAUGUUCAUAUGCGAAAAUCACCAAGCUUUGAUCUUGAUCUCCGAAUUGAAGCUAGAGGCGAAGAGUCAGAUCAAAUGCCACUACUGUUUCAGGACAAGGCUACAAUGGAGAGCUCAUCAGGCCAGACUGAUUUUAGUCUUGGAAACCCGGUUGCACAUGUUGGGUACAAGCACAACCAACACACGUUACAGUAUCAAGCAAUGCCUGUGGAAGAGAAAGUUAUCACAUUGAAAAGAAGUGAUUCUGAGAAAUCGAAAACUCCAUUCCUAGGCUUCUUGAAGGAAGAGGAAGAAGCUCAAUUUGUAGUCACACCCCCGAAACAAGAAAACCAUGCUGUUUCCAAAAAGGCAACUAGAGAAUUGUGUAACCUGUCUUCUGAAGAAGCUGCAUCAACAGCACCAAAAGGUAAAGAGAAGCGCAAGCACAGGUCUUCCUUCUUUGGCAACUGCAUGUGCUGUGCAACAGUGAUUAAUUAA